UUGCCAUAAAAUUAACGUGCCAUACCGAUAUUGGUAUUUUCAUACUCGUCACGGGAACUACAGCGGUCAUUUCAAAUCCGGGAGGAAAAUAAUAUUAAUACAAGCUGAAGCGUUGAGUCGAUACUUGAAGUGUCGCGUUAUUCGGGACAUACUUGUCAAUGAGUCAGAAAAAUUGCGUAUAUCAGACGCGUUAAAUCUGCGAGUUGGCAGUCUGAUCGGGUCGUGUAUGUUGCGAACAGCUGCCCGCAGGAGUACGGUAGAACAGAUCGGUUUAGCUCUUUCUAAACAGUAACCAUAAUUAACACGAUUCAAACUCAAGCUCGUUCUUAACUAUGAAUACUUGAAUUUUUGAAUAACAAUGAAUAUGGCGCUAGUAUCUAUCACUAAUUGUUGCAUCGUACUGAUGACAGUUUCAAACUUGGUAGAUAUCACAAUAUCUAAGCCUGAUUACGUCGUUUUAGAAGAAAAUUCAUAUCCGGAACAUGGCGUACAAUAUGGGGCAAAUGAUCGAGAGCAGCUAACUUGGUACUCAUAUGAUAUUAUCAUGAACGGGAAUUCGCGUCCAGCGAAUUCCUUUUGGUCUAGUUCGAAUCGGUAUGUCGAGAUUAAACCAACAGAGCAGGCCCAGGAAAAUUCAUGGGGUCAAUAUGCUGAGGUGAAAACAACAGAAAAGCCUUCAAAUAAUCCAUGGAUUGUUCACAAAUGGGAAGAGAACAAGAAGACCACUAAAAGAGAACAAAUCCGUGAAGUCGAACCCACUUCCUUGAUAAGCAACAUUGGGAACAUUCCGAUUGUUCCUGCGAAUAGAAAUAAUAAUGAAAAUAAUGAUAGCACAGAAUUUGGCUCAUAUUCAGAGACCAGAGAGCUCUCGAGAUUGUCUGAAACCAAGUGCGAAGAAUACGGUAGAGCAGUUGGCCGAAAAAUUUGGGCUCUAGCUUUGGUCGGUACUAGACCACAAGGUGUGCCAUUAAGUGCUGGGAAUGGAAGGUGUGAGGGUCUUCACACUCCCCUUAUUGUAGGUGGUACAAAGGCUCAACAAGGUGAAUUUCCUCAUAUGGCAGCCCUUGGCUGGUUUAAUGAUAAUAACGGCAUCCAAUACUUCUGCGGCGGUACGCUCAUUUCGGAACACUGGGUUGUUACCGCAGCUCACUGUACUCAUGGGCGGUUGGGGAGCCCAUCUGUAGUACGUUUGGGGAGUCAUGACUUGGCUGACAAAGCAUUGGGCGAAGUUAUCGAGAUUAAGAGAAUAAUAAAACACAAUUCCUACAAGCCUCCAGCUCUGUACGCAGACAUAGCUCUUCUGGAAUUGAAAAAGGAUGUAAAAUUCACAGACAAUAUCAGACCAGCCUGUCUCUAUCAGGAAUAUGAUGCUGCACCUGCUCAAGCUUUGGCUACAGGGUGGGGUAUUACCGAUAUAGGAGAAGAUAGAAGUGAGCUAUUGUUGAAGGCGCGAUUGGAUAUACUGGAUAAUGUGCGCUGUGCGUUGCAGCACAACCGAUCAGCUGCAGUUCCUCGUGGAGUUGUGCCCAGCAUGAUAUGUGCAGGAGAUGUAAGCGGCGGGUGGCAUUCUGAUACAUGCCAAGGAGAUUCAGGAGGCCCUCUUCAAAUAAUUCAUCCAGAGAUAACCUGCCUUUAUCAGGUGGUAGGGAUUACCAGCUUUGGCAAACUUUGUGCUCUACGCAAUUCUCCUGGCGUCUACACCAGAAUUUCACACUACCUCGACUGGAUAGAAAAAAUCGUUUGGCCAGCGGGGAAGUAAGAAGUCUAUGGAAGUAUCAAAUGACCUUCAGGAUUUGAAUGGUGAUCCUUUUUCAAAUAUUGAACUACAACUGCAUGUAUUUUUUGAUUAGCAAACAAUUAUAAGAGUUUGCGCACCCACAGAAUUGACAAGCAGUCUGGAAAAUUAUAGCAAUGGCGACCAUACCAAAAAUGAAUGAUUGUAUACGUGGUUGUUUUAUUUGAAAAAAGUGUCAACAUAUUACAUAUUUACAGAUAUAGUAUAUCAUGAGAAAUGAGUGACAAUACAGCGAAAUAAUGAACAAAGCAAAAACUACUAACAAAUGACUACUUUACAAGUCUGGAAGAUUGGGAGGGAUGUACCGUGAUUUGAUUUCUUUUUCAUUAAAUCUUUCUCAUGCUUUGAAUCUUGUUGCAAUGGCAGCAUUUGUACAACUUACCAGAGUAUUCGUUACUUUACUAUGCCAUAUCAAUGCUGAUUUUGAUGUUACGCUGCAGUUAUUAGAUAUUCGCGCGACUUUUAGCUCGUUUUUUACAAGAGAGUCUCAACAUUAGACGUUAACUAUAAUCUUACGCAAUCUUGUUUGUGCACGUAUUGUACCAUCUGCAAGUUACGUGGUGAUAAAUAAAAAUAAGUUAAGAAAA